AGCAAAAUCCUAGAGCUCAAAGUGGCCCUCAUCCUCCACUCCAGUGCUUUCUGAUAGCCUCGCAGCCUCGAUUUCCCAGUCACUGGACUGAUUUUGGGAGUGUGGAUGUGUGGUCUGGUUCAUCCUGUGCACAGAGGCUGGGCAGGGUAACUUCUUCCCUGCCAAAUUCAGCGCUUGGGGGUUGGGGGGGGGGAGCUGGCAGGGACACAGGCUGCAGAGAUGCCCCAGCUUGCUGUGGUUCCGGGCACAGCUAGCCUUAGUCUGCAUUGAGCUGACAGCAGAUAGCAUGCGGGGAUUUUCCUAGCUACUGAAGAUUUAUUUAUUUAUUUAUUUAUUUUUGACGUUGCUGUAGUUUUGGGCUUACUUCUGAGAUCUGCAGUGGUGUGAGUCUCCCGUGUUUUCCUUCUUUCUUUGAAAAGAUAACUAUGCUGUAUUCAGCAGAAGUGGAUACAGGAAGAACAGUAUAGUUCAAAAAAAAGGGGUGGGGGUGGUGGCUGCUCUUUUCCUGGACUUUAAAAGGUGGUUUGGGAGGGUAGGCGCCCUACCUGAAAAGGCCACCCUUAAAAGACCUCAGCGGUGUUGUUCUCCAAGGCUUCUCGAAGCAGGUGGCCAGGUCUGCGUUUCUCAACAGUGGGACUCUCCGGCUGUGGCUAUCACGGAAUUGAUGCGCAUACACGUGGUGGUUCACUAUGCUGCUGCACCUGUGUAGCGUGAAGAACCUGUACCAGAACAGGUUUUUAGGCCUGGCUGCCAUGGCGUCUCCAUCUAGAAACUCCCAGAGCCGGCGCCGCUGCAAAGAGCCCCUCCGCUACAGCUAUAACCCAGACCAGUUCCAUAACAUAGACAUCAGGAAUGGCGCCCAUGAUGGCAUCACCAUCCCUCGCUCCACCAGCGACACUGACCUGGUCACUUCAGACAGCCGCUCUACACUCAUGGUCAGCAGCUCCUACUAUUCUAUAGGGCACUCCCAGGAUUUGGUGAUCCACUGGGACAUCAAGGAAGAAGUAGACGCUGGAGACUGGAUUGGCAUGUACCUUAUUGGUGAAGUGUCAUCUGAAAACUUCCUGGAUUAUAAGAACCGUGGAGUCAAUGGUUCUCACAGAGGCCAGAUCGUUUGGAAGAUUGAUGCCAGCUCUUACUUUGUGGAAUCUGAAACUAAGAUCUGCUUCAAAUACUACCACGGCGUAAGCGGAGCCCUACGAGCUACAACCCCCAGUGUCACCGUCAAAAACUCAGCAGCUCCUAUUUUUAAAGGUAUCGGCUCCGAAGAGACUGUGCAAAGUCAAGGAAGCAGGAGGCUGAUCAGCUUCUCCCUCUCAGAUUUCCAGGCCAUGGGAUUGAAGAAAGGGAUGUUUUUCAACCCAGACCCCUAUCUGAAGAUUUCCAUUCAGCCUGGGAAACACAGCAUCUUCCCGGCCCUCCCUCAUCAUGGACAAGAAAGGAGAUCCAGCAUCAUAGGCAACACUGUGAACCCCAUCUGGCAGGCAGAGCAUUUCAGUUUCGUGUCUUUGCCAACUGAUGUGCUGGAAAUUGAAGUGAAGGACAAGUUUGCCAAGAGCCGUCCCAUCAUCAAGCGUUUCUUGGGAAAGCUGUCAAUGCCCGUUCAGAGGCUGCUGGAGAGACACGCCAUAGGGGAUAGGGUGGUCAGCUACACACUCGGCCGCAGGCUUCCAACUGACCAUGUGAGUGGACAGCUGCAGUUCCGAUUUGAGAUCACAUCCUCCAUCCACGCAGACGACGAGGAGCUCUCUCUGAGCGCCGAGCCUGAGUCAGCAGAAAUGCCGGCCAGUGUCAUGAAUAGGGCGGUGGAAAGCAGCAAUGGGGAGCCUCCCCGAGAUGCUCCAGAAUACUGCAAGAACGUAAGGCCAGAGUCACCAAAUGAAGGGCAUGAAGUGAACAGCUCAGGAAACCAAAAUCAGGAGCAUGCCGGCCCGAUUGAAGAAGCUGCCGGUACUAUGGAGGCCGGAGAUGGUGGCAAGUUCUCCGAAGGACCAGAAGAGCCUGGAGAGCUUCAGGACCCAGAGCAACACGACACCCAACCCACUCUGAGUGCAGAGGAAGUGGCAGAGGGACUUCACCUGGGUGAGGAUUUGCCACCAUCGCUGUUGCCAGAAGAUAGUGCGGCUCUAGGCAGCAAGGUAGAAGAGGAAACAGUGGCCGAAAAUGGAGCCAGAGACGAGGAGAUGCAGGAGAAGAGGCAAGAGGAGGAGGAGGAGGAGGAGGAGGAGGGUGUUUCUACCCUGGAGCAGGGAGAGCCUGGACUGCAGCUGAGGGCCUCAGUGAAAAAAAAAAGCAGACCGUGUUCCCUACCUGUCUCCGAGCUGGAGACGGUGAUUGCAUCUGCCUGCGGAGAGCCUGAGACCCCCAGGACGCACUACCUCCGCAUCCACACCCUGCUGCACAGCAUGCCCUCGGCCCAGAGGGGGAGCACCACGGAGGAGGAGGACGCCAUGGAGGAGGAACCCACCCUCAAGGAGUCCUCCGAGAAGGAUGGGCUCAGCGAGGUGGACACAAUAGCCGCUGACCCCCAGUCCAUGGAAGACGGGGAGAACGAGGGGGCCACUCUGUGCGCGGCACCCUCUGACGACCCUGGAGGCCAUUUCUCCAGUUUGCCCAAAGGCGUCGUCGGCUCUGGCCAGGAUGGAGACGCGCACCCCAGCACCGGGAGUGAGAGCGACUCCAGCCCCCAGCAGGGAGCCGACCACAGUUGCGAGGGCUGUGACGCCUCCUGCUGCAGCCCGUCCUGCUACAGCACAUCCUGCUACAGCAGCUCCUGUUACAGCAGCUCCUGCUACAGCAGCUCCUGCUACAACGGCAACAAUCGGUUUGCCAGCCACACGCGCUUCUCCUCUGUGGACAGCGCCAAGAUCUCCGAGAGCACAGUCUUUUCUUCACAAGAGGAUGAGGAGGAGGAAAACAGCGCGUUCGAGUCGGUGCCUGACUCAGUGCAAAGCCCAGAGCUAGAUCCCGAGUCCACAAAUGGGGCUGGGCCUUGGCAGGAUGAACUGGCUACCCCUGGUGGGAAUACAGCAAGAACUACUGAAGGUCUGGAGUCCCCCAUGGCAGGUCCCAGCAAUAGGAGAGAAGGUGAAUGCCCUAUACUCCAUAACUCCCAGCCAAUAAGCCAGCUUCCUUCCUUGAGGCCUGAACAUCAUCACUAUCCAACAAUCGAUGAGCCUCUUCCACCAAACUGGGAGGCUCGAGUUGACAGCCAUGGACGGGUCUUUUAUGUGGACCACGUAAAUCGCACAACCACCUGGCAGAGACCGACAGUGGCGCCGACCCCAGAGGGCAUGAUCAGAUCCGGGUCUGUCCACCAGAUGGAGCAGCUUAACAGAAGGUAUCAAAACAUUCAGAGAACCAUUGCAACAGAGAGACCUGAAGAAGAUUCUGGCAACCCAAGCUGUGAGCAAAUAGCGGACGGAGGAGGUGGAGGGAGUGACUCAGAAGCAGAAUCUUCCCAGUCAAGCUUAGACCUGAGGAGAGAAGGGUCGCUUUCUCCAGUCAACUCACAAAAGAUCACCUUGCUGCUUCAGUCCCCAGCAGUGAAGUUUAUCACCAAUCCUGAAUUCUUCACUGUGCUGCAUGCCAACUAUAGUGCCUACCGGGUUUUCACAAGCAGCACUUGCUUGAAGCAUAUGAUUUUAAAAGUCCGACGAGAUGCCCGCAACUUUGAACGCUACCAGCAUAACCGGGACCUGGUGAAUUUCAUCAACAUGUUUGCAGACACUCGGCUGGAACUGCCCCGGGGUUGGGAGAUCAAGACGGAUCAUCAGGGAAAGUCUUUCUUUGUGGACCACAACAGUCGCGCUACCACUUUCAUUGAUCCCCGGAUCCCUCUGCAGAAUGGCCGCCUUCCCAGUCACCUGACCCAUCGGCAGCACCUCCAGAGGCUCCGCAGUUACAGUGCCGGGGAGGCCUCAGAAGUCUCUAGAAACCGAGGAGCAUCUUUGCUGGCCAGGCCAGGACAUAGCCUGAUAGCUGCUAUCCGAAGCCAACAUCAGCAUGAGUCCUUGCCACUAGCAUACAAUGACAAGAUUGUGGCAUUUCUUCGCCAGCCAAACAUUUUUGAAAUGCUACAAGAACGUCAGCCAAGCUUGGCAAGAAACCACACACUCAGGGAGAAAAUCCAUUAUAUUCGGACAGAGGGUAAUCAUGGGCUUGAGAAAUUGUCCUGUGAUGCAGAUCUAGUCAUUUUGCUGAGUCUCUUUGAAGAAGAGAUCAUGUCCUAUGUCCCCCUGCAAUCUGCCUUUCACCCUGGGUAUAGCUUCUCUCCCCGCUGUUCACCCUGCUCCUCACCCCAGAACUCCCCAGGUUUACAGAGAGCCAGCGCAAGAGCCCCUUCACCAUACCGAAGGGAUUUUGAAGCUAAGCUCCGCAAUUUCUACCGAAAACUGGAAGCCAAAGGAUUUGGUCAGGGUCCGGGUAAAAUUAAGCUCAUCAUCCGUCGAGAUCACUUGCUGGAGGGCACCUUCAAUCAAGUGAUGGCAUACUCCCGAAAGGAACUCCAGAGAAACAAGCUCUACAUCACCUUUGUUGGAGAGGAGGGCCUGGACUACAGCGGCCCUUCCCGAGAGUUCUUCUUCCUUUUGUCUCAGGAGCUCUUCAACCCUUACUAUGGACUCUUUGAGUAUUCUGCAAAUGACACCUACACAGUGCAGAUCAGCCCGAUGUCUGCCUUUGUAGAAAACUAUCUUGAAUGGUUUAGAUUCAGUGGUCGUAUCCUGGGCCUGGCUCUGAUCCAUCAGUACCUCCUGGACGCUUUCUUCACAAGGCCUUUCUAUAAGGGACUCCUGAAACUGCCCUGUGAUUUGAGUGACCUAGAAUAUUUGGAUGAGGAAUUCCACCAGAGUUUGCAGUGGAUGAAGGACAAUAACAUCACAGAUAUCCUCGAUCUCACUUUCACCGUUAACGAAGAAGUUUUUGGACAGGUAACAGAGAGAGAGUUGAAGUCUGGAGGUGCCAACACACAGGUGACUGAGAAGAACAAGAAGGAGUACAUUGAGAGGAUGGUGAAGUGGAGGGUGGAGCGCGGAGUGGUCCAGCAGACCGAGGCGUUGGUGAGGGGCUUCUAUGAGGUUGUGGACUCGAGGCUCGUGUCGGUGUUUGAUGCUAGGGAACUGGAGCUCGUGAUUGCUGGUACCGCAGAAAUCGACCUGAAUGACUGGAGGAAUAACACUGAGUACCGGGGAGGUUAUCAUGACGGCCAUCUUGUGAUCCGCUGGUUCUGGGCUGCAGUGGAACGCUUCAAUAACGAGCAGAGAUUGAGAUUACUUCAGUUUGUGACAGGGACAUCAAGUGUGCCCUACGAAGGCUUCGCAGCCUUGCGGGGGAGCAAUGGGCUUCGGCGCUUCUGCAUAGAGAAAUGGGGGAAAAUCACAUCUCUUCCCAGGGCACAUACAUGCUUCAACCGAUUGGAUCUCCCACCAUAUCCUUCAUAUUCCAUGUUGUAUGAAAAGCUGUUAACGGCAGUAGAAGAAACCAGCACUUUUGGACUUGAGUGAGGAAGUGGGACCCUGCCUGGCGUUGUCCUGGACUGUGACAAUACCCUUUCUGGGAUGACUUCCUUUCCCUCCUUUGACUUUGGUAUCCCAUGAUUUUUAUUUCAAAGCAAAUUAGAAUUGGCAAGAGCUGUGCAUGAAGAAUUGCCUUCUUCUAAGAUCUAAUCUUCAGGCUUAUUUCCUCUGUUUCCAAUGAACUGCUAGCCUGUAUGCAAUACUACAAAACAGCUGUCUCAAGGUCUGUGCAUACCUCCACAUACCUCCAUUCCUAACAAUGAAAUACAAAUGCAAGUUACGUCACACUUGAUGAAACGGUAACAAAUGUUUACUUCCACUUCUAUCGUUCAAGGAUAAUUUGAGCUCUAAGCAUUCCAUGCUUUUAUACGCCCAUGUCUUCCAAGCAGAACCACCAUUUUCCCUAAUUUCUAACAACCAUUUUCCAGACGUAGGAGCUGACUGAUUUUGUUUUCCUCUCUAUCUCUACAUUUCCUAUGCAUUCUUUCCAUUCAAUGGGCAGCCAAGGCCACACAGAUUUUUUUUUAUUCAUUCCACUCAUGAUUCAUAGGUGGCAUCAAUCCUAGAACCCAGAACUAGCCUAGACAUAUGGUGCAAAUAUGAAACUUCUAGCAAUUAACAACAGCAAGAAAAAAAAAAGGUUAUCAGUAAAUGCAAGGGUUAUAAGGACUAUGAACUCAACUUGAGUUCAGAAAAGUGUAGUGGGGGAGUACCCCUAGUGUACCCUCACCACACAAGAAGCACAAACUUGUGCACAUGUCCAAGGAGGAAAUCCUAAUUGCUGAAGAUUGAAGGUUGAGCCUUUAACUCCAAUUUUGUUACAUAGAAAGUGAUAAGAUAAACUGGAAAAGAGCAGCACAUAUAACAUUUAUUCAAAUACAUGAAUUCUGUUUAAUCUAUUCACACACACACACACACACACACACACACACACACCUCACACAAUCCAAAUAGAUCUCAUGGCUUUUGUUGAAGCCAGUUGUAUUUACUUGACAGGUCAACCUUAAUUUUCGUUCUAACUUUGAUACUUUUCUCAUUCUUUUUUUCUUUUCUUUCUUUUUUUUUUUUUUAAUCACCGUGUUCAAAUUCUGUCACAUCUGAUGUUCACAGAAACCACAAAUGAAGCUGCAGAGUGUGAUGGUGCUUGUUAAGGAUCACGGGCAAUAUAAACUUCUCCUUCACCCAUAGCAAUUUUUCAAAGGCACACUGACUUGUGUCCAAAAAAAAAAUGGAUUUUUUUUUUUUUUUUUUUUUUUAGCAUUCAGCAAAAUAUCUAAGAAAAUGUGUUUUUAGAAAAACAAUUUCAGGCUCCACAGACAAGCCUGGCAUCUUGAGUACCUUUGAGAUAAACCUAACCAUUAUGGUCAUUUGCUAUUUUUGUAACCAUGUUAUCUGUGUUGUCCAAAAUAUGAGAUAAAUGAAAGUGUUUUUUCUUCACUGGGAAAAAGAAAAGCUAAAGAGAUCCAACUAUUUAAAUAUUCGUUGUUGUAGUCAAUAUAUCAAAACAAGAGGAAAAGUCAACUUAAGAUGGAAUUGUGCAAUGGUCCAGCACACUAAAGUGAAAUCUUUUCUAAGUAAAAAUUAUUCACAAUGCCAAACCCUUCAUGCUCCUGUGUUUCUAUUGUCAAACAGGAAGUAUGUGGGAUAGAAGCUUUGCUUUCUUUUGCUGUCUAAAAAGAAGUUUUACUAAAAAUGGGAUGUAAGUUCUAUGAAAUACAAGUUGAGGGGUGAGUAAAAAUUAGCCCACGUUUCAGUAUCUGAAAAAUAAUGAAUUCCAAUGGAGCUAUGCUUUACUGAUGAACUCAGAACAAGAGGACUAUUAAAAUCACCCAGUAAAUCUUUAACUCUUGAACAGUAUAUUUAGAAUUCAUCUUAAACAUACAUGAAAGCUCAUUUCUCCAAGCAUUCAACUUUUUUAGCAUUUACUUGCCACACAUUAAACAGUUGUUUUGAAGUUGUUCAAAUGUAGGAAGAUGCCCUUGAAGAGCUUUACAAUUUACAAAAAUGAGACAGUCUGUUAGUCAGAUGAAUUUGUAGUCUAUUAACAUACAUACAUAGCAUACAUAAAUUAUCUUAUAAAUGAACAAGAAACUCAGAGAAGUGUGGGGGUUUUUAGCUAAUUAACGACAGGCAUUAAUCCCAACAAGCAGGCAUAACACAGCAACAUUUCUAAUUUAACUUUUAUUAAUUAUUUGAGAAUGUUUACAAUGUAUUUUAGUUAUAUUCACCCACUCCUCUCCCUAUCUCCUUCCACAUCCACUCCUCAGCCUUCAGUUCCUUCUCAAUUUCAUGUCAUCUUUUUUCAUAACCCAUGGAGUCCAGUUGUGCUAUCUGUCCAUAUAUUAAUUAGUGUGCAGCUACCCCUGGAGGAUAUAAACAUAUCUGGUAUACAUAUACUCAGCCAGAUGAUAGUGGCACACGCCGUUAAUUCCAGCACUUGGAAGGCAGAGGCAGGCAGAUUUCUGUGAGUUCAAGGCCAGCCUGGUCUAUAGAGUGAGUUCCAGGACAUCCAGAGCUACAUAGAUUCUAUUUUGAAAAAAACAAAACAGAAAAAAAGAGAAAACUGACUAUCGGCAGCCAUUGGCUGGCAACAGCUCCUCAGCUAGGGCUGGGGACUUAUGAACCCCUCUUCUCAUAGCAAUAGCAUUUUAGAAAAAUGAAAAAUGCUACUGAUGCCACCCAGGUUGCUGAGAAAAUGUAAAGCUUGCUUCAUAGAGCCCAACAUAUGCCUUCAGCCUUACAUGAAAGAAGGAACUCAAAGGGAAGAGGAGCUCAGAAUUAGUCAUGAAAAAAUACUUUUUACUUUAUGUAUGAGACUGAUUUUUAAAUUAUAUAUAAUUUCAAUAUAUAUACAUAUAACUGUAUAUGUUUAUAUGUAUAUGUGUAUACAUUUACACAUAAGUACAUUAUUGUAGAAAUAAUUUUUCCAUUAAUUUCAAUCAUUAUAUUUCAAUCAUUAAUUAAUUCCAUUAAUUAAUUAAUGAUUGAAAUAUAAAUCACUUCAAAUCAUAUAAUUCUUUGGGUAACACAGAUCUUUUGUGACCAUAUGUAAUUCUUUGACUUUUUUUUUCUCCUUGAAGGCAAUUGCAAAAUAAUCAUUUAUAAGUCAUAAACCCCCUAAAAGAAGAUUUUUAUAUCUAGUUUUAUGAGUAUAAUAUCCUUUUUGGGAAGACAAAAAAAGAUUAAAGAAUUCAUGUUACAAUUUUGAAAAAGACUAUAUGGUGUUAUCAUAAUUUUAUAGAUAACACAAAUAUUUUAUUAGAUAACAUGAAGAUAAUUAUCUCCCCAAUAGAAAUUGAGUCUUCAAGAUGAGAAGUGUCCUGUAACUAUUGAAUUCUCUGUAACAUCAUGAGUAUAUGAGCUGGAGGACAUCGUGAUGUUUUUACCGCCAUCGCUAUUAUAGCACAAAUAUUUCAGGAGAGUUAAUGAAAAUAACAAAAUGCUAAAAGGUAUCUUGGUAAGCUUUCAUCAAGAAAGAUUUAAAUAUUUUUCCUGUUAAUAAUGAAUCUGUGUCGUUCAACAGUAAGAAUAUUUGUAUUCAGUGAGCUGAGUUUUCCAUAACACUUCUAACAGUAUGCAAUCUCAUUGUCAGUUCAUGCGUCAAGCCACCUGUCUGAAAUUUGGGUUCAGAAAAUUUCUAAGUUUCCACAAGUGUUUUCCCAGUCAAGAUGAAACACUUUCAAAUGAAAGUAGUUAGAACUUUACAUAACAAAAUGUGGUGCUUUAUUCUUCUUGUUAUUGUUGUUGUUAUUACUAUUAUGUCUUUCAGUGUUCGUUAUUAAGACAACUGCAAUACUGUAUCAUAAAUGUACGGGAUGACUUUUCCAGCUACUACAAAAAAUCCAAAAGAGAAAGUAUUAUUUUGCUGUUAAUGACAUGUAGUUCCUUUGUUCUAGUAGAUAAAAGGUGCCUAGAGGUAGUAUAUAGAGUAAAUAUUGUUCCAUUAGUCUCCUUCCUGCAGCUUCCAUUAUCUGAGGAAAUGUCCAUAACAAUUUUGUUUACAAGUCUUUGUUCUAGUCAAUAACAGGAGAGGUCCAUAUUACUGGGCUGAUUUUGCUUACAUCUUAAAAAAAAAAAAAAAAGUCACGUGAUACUCAGGCCUCGCUUUCUCUUCCAUCAUACAUCUUCAAGGAAUGUCAAUAAACUCACUUUGGUAUGGCA